GAGGCUGUCACACAAAAUAACUCACCGAAGCCCUUACGGGUGCGGGCGAGGCCUAGUUCAAAUACUUCAGAACCGUCAUGGCCCAGCCAAUCUCUCCUUCAUAUUUGAACUACGCAACAUUUCGAUGUAGCCAAUUGAUAUUAAUUUGCAUAUAAAUUGCGCUUCAUCGCAAACAAGACCUCUGAAUUGAUCAAAUGGGACAUCCGGCGCAACCACAGUCACCAACCAUGGCGGUACACUCGGAAAGUUUGCAUCAAGACCAGAGCAACAUAAGUAUUGGUGGCCUCAGCGUUGAUGAUUUGAUGUACUUGGACGAGCAGCAGGCUAUCGGUAACUCUUCGAAGGAAUUCACCAAAUCUCCAGAGGACAAAGAUUUGUUAAGUCGUUUCCAAGUUGCUUGUAUCAUAAUAAAUCGGAUGAUGGGAACGGGGAUAUUCGAGUCGCCAACCACUAUUUUAGAACAAGAUCAUAAUAUCGGGGCGAGUCUCAUUCUCUGGACAUUGGGCUUUAUAGCCAGCAUGGCUGGCACUUUGAUGUACGUCGAGUAUGGCCUUACGAUUCCACGGCGCAAAAUGGCUGGCGAAAUUCAAGCUGUUCCAAGAAGUGGUGGUGAACUUAACUACAUUAAAUUCCUCGCGAAACAUCCUAAAUACAUGGCAAUCUGUAUGUUUGGCUUCAUAUUCGUAGUCGUCGGAAAUUCUGCCGCCAAUUGCGUUUCAUUUGCAGUUCAUUGUCUUGCGGCAGCAGGAAUGAAUGAUCCACCAAAAGGCGCAGUGCAUGGAAUCGCACUUGGUACUGCCUGGCUCGUUACUUUAUUGCAUGCUUUAGGCAGGAUGUUUGGUGUUCACUUGAACAGUGUUUUUGCUGUGACAAAGGUCUCAAUGCUCAUUAUGAUAAUUAUACUGGGCUUUAUGGUACUCAACAAUCAUACUGGACACUUCCAUCGCGACCCAUUAUCGUACAGUAACCUCGAUACAAGUACCAGUUUCAAAAAACUAGGAAAAGGGGACCACGCUCGUGGGUUUGCAGCCGCAUACCUCAAUAUUAUAUUCACAUGCGGCGGGUGGAACCAAGCAAACUAUGUACUCGGUGAAAUUAAGAAGCCAACCACUAGGUUUCGAGGCAUUUCUCUUUGGACCGUUGGACUCAUGUGUCUAUUGUAUUUGUUAACUAACAUAUCAUAUAUGAUAGUAAUAGUAGUCCCACAGGAUGGAAAAUUCCCAGAUGGUGAAUCAGUGGUCGAACAAUUCUUCAAACGAACCAUUGGCCAAGCUUGGAAUGAAAGGCGAGCAAGUCAACUGAUGGAUGCAUGUCUCGCUGUCUCAAGCUUAGGCAACGUCAUUGUCACUACUUUUACCGCUGCUCGUGUCAAGCAGGAGAUUGCGAAAGAAGGAAUACUUCCAUUCUCUUUGGUCUUUGCCAAGAAUGUCAACAUUAUUGAAUGGGCAACCAAGAAACUGAAGCGAUCGGAACAAGUAGGAGAGCCGGUUGAGCAUCUUCCACAGGGAGGAGUCACAACCACGCCAGAACGAGCCGAAUUCGAGCCCAUUCCAUUUCCAGCUCUCGUACUUCACUGCGCAUUCUCCACGAUUCUGAUUCUUGCCUCAAUUCAGGUCCCUCGGUCCAGGGAUGCUUACCCAUUACUUGUUGAAAUUUACACAUACCCAAUUGAUGCGAUGGUCGCAAUUUGUCUCAGUUUUGGCAUGAUAUGGAUGCGAUCAAGAGAGACAGAUGAAUGGAACACAUACUCCACCACAAACAGGUGGUUCAGUCUCAUGACUGCAAUUAUUGUAUUCGUUGCCAAUGCAUUUCCAGUUGCCGCACUAUGGAUUCCAGAAUCGUCUUCUGAAAGUUCAAUACCUUGGUACAUUGUUCCCACAAUCGGAUGGACACUCGUCUUAGCUGGUUUCAUUUAUUACGUGGUCUUUCGUUUUGCAGUCCCUUUGUUUUUGGGUGGCGCUGUAUUGGAAGUGAAGAGAGAUCCCGUUAUUGGUAUUGAUAAUGAAGGACAUUUUGUACAACAUGGUGAGAUGGUCUAUCAGAAAUGGUCAGUGCCUGAAGAUGAAGAUAUACCUUAUCCGAAUGGACACAGUAAUGAGGUUGAACUUAAGCAACUACAUUAAUAUGAGCGGAAGGUGUAAUGUUUGAUAGGAGACUGCCCUAGAAGGAUGCCAUAGCCAUCUUCAAUGAGGAUUAACAUUCAAGAUGUUUAAUUGUACCAUUAUACCAUUCAAUCCCCUCUGCUUCGUUUUUCAGUCUACACGGAAUGUAUCAGACUUUUAAUCCGGAAUCUAAUCAUUGUCUAAUUCAAUUGUGACUAUCUUCUAGAGUCCGUCCCCUUUUCCUUCCCAUCUCGUCUCCGGCCAUCUCUUUUUAAUGGAGCUAUUUCAUUACAUAGUAAGAGUUCUGGAACCUACUUACCACACCCCUGUAACAAAUAUAACAAAAUCCCCACAAAAAAUAAGUUUUU